UAAAAAUUUUAUCCGUUUAAAAACUGGGCGAACAGCUGAUAACUUGAAAACUUAUCCCUACUACUUCUGAACAUCUGUUGGAUUUCGAACGCUUUUAAAAAGAAAUAAGUCCAUGUAUUGAAUGUUGAAUCCGUUGUUUAGUCUAAUUAUUAUGAAAAUUUACAAUAAUUUAGUGUGAUUGUGUUUUAUAAUUGUCUAAUUUUAAUUACAAUUAGUAGAUAGUUAUUUAAUUAAUAAAUUUAAUAAAAAUGUCAUUAACUCAAAGUUAUUUUCCAAAUUAUUUUUCAAUAAAUGACAUUCUGGCGACCGAAGAACGGAUUCAGUGUAAAAUUGAAGUCAACUUGCCUCGCUUAGGUUUUCUGGAUAUAACCUCUGAUUUAUCAGAUUUGAAGCCGGGAACGAAAUUAGAGUUUCCUUUUUGGCUAGCAUCCUCAUUACAAUCUCGAAGAACACCUAUUGUUAGUGUUGAGAUACCAAAAUAUUACAGAGAAGGCUAUAGAGAUAUUUUGUAUGCUGAUGCGUGUGCAGUAACAUUGAGCAAAUGGAAUCAACAUUAUUAUGAAUUAGGCAUGCUUUUAACUCAAUUAAAUAAUCGUGAAAGUGAAAAGAUAAAAGAAACUCUAAUAUUAAUUUUCAAAUCACGAAUAAGACUUGUGAUGGAUUGGACCCAAAAUCCUCACUCGAAUCCAACGUUGGCUAGCCAGUUACCAAUGUUGGAACGUAAUUUAUUUAUAACUGGCCGAAAAGCGCGACUUGUUUUGAUAGAAUGGUUGAAGCAAGGUAGUGGUAAUAUUGAAAAAUCAGAACUAGUGGCUAAUCUUAUGAAAAAACGUAAGCGUGAUGAUUUUGAGACUGAUAAAUAAUCGUUCUAAUGAAUAAAUAAAUUAAAAAAAUAAUUACUUAA